AUGUCAUCAAGAAAUAAAGAUAGUGAAAGAGAUAGAUAUAACGAUAGAGAAUCUGAUAGAGAUAGAUAUAGAGAUAGAAAUAAUGAUGAUCGAAAAAGUAGAGAUAAAGAUAUAGAUAAUAAAAAUAAUAAUAAGAGUAGGUGGGAUGAUGACGGUGAUAGCGACAACGAUAAACAUAGAAAUAAUAAAAGUACUAGCACUAGUAAAAAGAGUUCUUCUUACUCACAAGAAGAUGAAGAUCAUAAAAGAUUAAGAGAAAUUCAAAAGAUUAAUGAAGGUCGACGUAGUAGUAGUAGUAGUAGCAGCGGUAAAAGCAGUAGUAGUAAAAGUAAUAAAAAUCAUAGACAUAAUCCAUAUGGAGGUCAUAAUCAUCAAAAUGACGACGACGAAUUUGAAUAUGGAAAGAAGAAGAACGAUGAUCAUGAUGACGAUGACGAAGCGGAAAGAAGAAGAGAACAACGAAAGAAUAAAGAGAAACCAGAUUUCAAACCAUCGGGUAUAUUGAUGGAUGACUACGCUGCUAAGCAAACAGAGUCUGGUCAGUCGAGUAACGGUAGUAAGCCUACUGCACCCGGUGUAACUAAAAAGUGGUUCGAACCAAGUGAAGCACGUUUGUCACCCUACAAAUGGAUACUCUAUCCAUUCAAGAACAACGAGCCAUUGGAACCGUACUCUCUAGACACCAGAAAAUCAUAUCUAAUCGGACGUGACCGAACUAAAAAUGAUGACAAUGAUGAAGAUGACGAAAAACAAAUCAAACCAUAUCUAAUAGAUUUAAAUAGUACCAAUGGAACAAAGUUAAAUUCAGAAAGUGUGGAGACUUGUGUAUAUAUUGAAUUAAGAUCAAGAGAUUUAUUAAAGUUUGGAAAUUCAACACGAGAAUAUAAAUCAUUCUAUCAAUAA